AUGCCGGUGGGUCGGUACUUACGCGCCGGGCGAGGGGCGUCGCGCGGCUCGCGAGCUCGGUGCACCGGUCACCUCUUGCACUCCAUUGAUGAGCGACGGCGUCGUUCGGAGGUCGCGGCGCUGCGUGACGGCGCGUGCGUGCAGAACGCUCGUCCUGAAACACCCGAUACAUCCCGAGCUCAGGACAGUCGGAACAAUCCGACCGACGUAUCAACUGAAAGGCUGUGUUGUCCUCUCGCAAAAGUAUAUAAACACAUUUAA